AUGUCACGUCUAUUUACACUCUUUCCCGUAUUGAUAUCUUGUGUGCGCCAUGGCAGAAGACCUCGAUUUAUUCGUCCAUAUCUGAAAGACUUAUAUGGUAGAAGACUUGCUCAAGGUCCAGAGAUUUAUCGACCCAGGAAAGAUUGGUUAUGCUGGAAUCGUGACUCGGAAUUAUGUGCGUUUUUGUCGAGAAUUGGUGAAAAAUUAGAGAAAGACCUUAUUGAGGUCGUUCUGACAGAUCGAUCAUAUUCCUCGUUUUGGUCUGUAAAAACGGCCGAGUCAGACAGAAAAAUAAUGCAAGACAACUCGGAACUCGCUGCUCUAGGAUUUUCUGUUUCGGAAAAUUUUUUAUAUGUCUUCCUGCGAUCAGUGUAUCCUCGAUUCCCUGAAGAGUGGAUUAUAACUAUCGUUCAGUAUUUGAAGUCACCUUCUGAGCUCGCUUUUAUAGCCGCUCAUUUAGGAAUUAAAGAUAUAGUAUUGUACAGUGAUCAAUUAGAUUAUUCAAGCAAUAAAAUUAUAUCAGCUCCACCGAAUCUGGAUGUUUUAACUCACGCACUUAUGGCUUUAGUCGGUGCUUUAGCAAAAGACAAGAUGGAGAAAGCACAUUUGUUUAUUCGGGAUUUCAUACUAGCAAGACUUCCUGAUAUAGAUUUAACUGAACUGAUUUCAAUUCCUAAUCCAUUACCCCUUCUACAGGGUAUACUUCAAUCUGAAGGACGUGGCCCACCUGAAACCAGAUUAAUUUAUCAGUCAAGUAUGAAUACUGUGCUAGCCUGUUUUGAAGUUGGUAUAUAUAGUGAUUGUCAACUCAUUGGAGAAGCUCCUGGUGAAACGAUAUUAAUUGCAGAAGAGGAAGCAUUACGACAAUCAAUAAGGAAUUUCUUCAAACUAACGGAUAAUCGUCCAUCUAUUCCAUUGCAUGGAAACUUAGACUUUUUGGACUUUGAAAAGUUUUCUGAACCAAAUAUUUCGCUUAAUUACUAUUUGGAAUUAGCAGCUGAUCAUGUUUAA